AUGGGCUACACGACGCCCCGCUGGGUGCGCCUCUGGCUUGCACUCUCGUCCAUUGUCGUGCUGUGGGAUGUCGGCUACUGCCUCUACCGCCCGCGCUCCUUCCCCGGGGGCGACCUCGCCUGGAUCUGGGCUCCUUACAACAUGGUGCCCUACAUCCACGUCGAUCACCUGUACGGCUGGCCAGCCCUGCAGAGCGGCGACGGCUUCACUAAUGCCCAAGCGGUCAUGAACAUCGUCGAGACAAUCUUCAACUUCAUCUCUCUCGCGCUUGGGGACCACCCCACCGCGCCGCUCAUCGCCCUCAUCUCCCUGGUAAUGACGGCCAGCAAGACCGACCUCUACUUCCUCCAGGAGGUGUUCUGCAACUGGUGCAACACCGGCCACAACCCACCAUUCCGCUUCUGGACUGUCUGGGUCUUGACCAACGGCACUUGGAUCGUCGUCCCCACCAUCGCUGCAGUUGUUCUUACGGCGGGUCUGAUCCGUGAACUCUCUGCACGCCCACGCUCGCAGCGCCUUGACCGCCUUGACCGCCAUGGCGCCAAGUCUCCCCAAGAGAUCGUGGCCAAGGCCGAGAAGGCGCGGGACCCCUACCCCCACGCUAUCGGCGGCGCUCCCCUGCCCCUCACGUUCCACCCGCGCAAUAAGCCGGUGCUUGUCGUCGGCUCGAACCGCCUCGCGUCCUCGCGCGUGCUCACGCUCCUCGAGGCCGACGCCGUUGUGCACGUCGCCACCGGGCGCGAGCUCAACCAGCUUCCCGAGGAGAUCCAGUGGCGCGUCGCCAACAAGGAGGUGCAUUACACACGCGUCGUCGGGGGACGCGGCGAGUGGGAGGCCUUCCUGCGGGAACAGGGUAUCAUCCUCGUUGCCGUCACGGAUACGCUCAUUGCUUCGGAGACUCCUUCCCUUGAGACUGCGCAAGCUGUGCAUGGCGCUGCGACCGCUCUCCGGAUCCCCAUCAACGUUUCGGACCGCCCCGACUUCUCGAGCUUCACUUUCCCAUCGGUUCACCGCUUCGCUGGCGUCGACGGCCCAUCCAACCUCCAGGUGGCAGUCAGCACAAACGGCAAAGGGUGCCGGCUUGCCGGGCGCAUUCGGCGCGAGAUUGCCGCCAAGCUCCCGGCCAACGUCGGCGGGGCGGUCGACAACAUUGGCCAGCUCCGCGCCCGUGCCAAGCCAACCAUCUCGGACGACGACAGCAUCACGCCCCUCAACAAGCCCGUCUCGCAGAAGGGUGGGGAGGACCACCUCCGCCGCAUGCGCUGGGUUCACCAGAUGAGCGAAUACUACAGCUACGACCAGCUGGCUGUCCUCAGUGCUAGCGAGAUGGACGCCGUGCUCGAGGGCGAGGCGCCCUACCCCCUCCCUCAUCACGAGGGUGGCAUCGCCAAGCGUGGCCGCAUCCUUCUCGUCGGCUCUGGACCCGGGCACCCCUCCCUCUUGACUGUUGCUGCGCGACACGCGCUCAACAACGCGACCCUCAUUCUCAGCGAUAAGCUCGUGCCUGCCGAGAUCAUCGCCCUCAUCCCAAAGGCGACCAAGCUGCACAUUGCCCGCAAGUUCCCUGGUAACGCGGACAACAGCCAGAACGAGAUGAUGCAGCUCGCGCUCGCCGGUGCCAAGGCUGGUGAGACUGUCGUGCGCCUCAAGCAGGGCGAUCCCUUCGUCUACGGGCGUGGGGGCGAGGAGGUCCUCUACUUCCGCGAGCACGGGUUCGAGGCGACUGUCGUGCCCGGCGUUAGCUCCGCUAUGGCGGGACCACUUAUGAUGGGCAUCCCCGUGACACAGCGCGGUGUGGCCGACACCUUUGUCAUGUGCACUGGUGCUGGGAGAGGUGGCGCUGCUGUUCAGCUUCCAGGAUACCAGAAGAGCAAGACGCUCGCGAUCCUCAUGGGUGUUGCCCGCAUCGACGCCGUCCUCGCCGCCCUCACCGGUCCUGAUGGGCCACAACGCGACGGCGCCGUGUACCCUAGCCACCUGCCCAUCGCGAUUGUUGAGCGCGCGUCGUCGCCCGACCAGCGCGUCAUCCUGUCCACGUUGGAACAUGUGGCCGGCGCGAUCCAGAGCGUUGACCAGCGCCCACCGGGCAUGAUUCUCGUCGGGUGGGCGGCGAUGUGUCUCGAAGGCAAGGGUCGGGUGGACAUUCUUGACGGCGCGGACGAGAAGGAGGCGGUUGCGAGCUGGCUUGGAGGAGACCGGUUUAGGACUCGCGAAGGGCUGCCUGCAGACUGGAGCUGGUUCCCGAGCGCAUAA